GCUAGGACCGAGCGCGCCGGGCCGUCCCUGCUCCGGCUCUGGAGCUCCUGGGCUGGCGGUGCCUGUAGAACCUCCUGCUUAGCCUUCCCCGAAGACACUUUCUAGGACCAAACAAGGAAGACUCUCUUGGGACACUGCAUGGGGUUUCAAAGGGUGGUGAAGACCUGAGGUAGAAGAAUACAUGUUUACUCCUAGUGAACAAGAGCAUGUUCCCAAACUCAAUUUUGGGUCGCCCGCCUUUCACCCCAAACCAUCAACAACAUAAUAACUUCUUCACCCUGUCACCAAGUCUUUAUUCACACCAGCAGCUUAUAGAUGCACAGUUCAACUUUCAGAAUACAGACUUGUCUAGAGCUGUAUCAUUACAGCAGUUGACAUAUGGAAAUGUCAGUCCAAUACAGACCUCAACUUCCCCAUUAUUUCGAGGAAGGAAGAGAUUAAGUGAUGAAAAGAAUCUUCCUCUUGAUGGUAAACGUCAACGUUUCCAUUCACCUCACCAAGAGCCAACUAUAGUUAACCACAUAGUGCCUUUAUCAGGUGAAAGAAGAUACUCAAUGCUGCCAUUGUUUCAUACACACUAUGUACCAGAUAUAGUCAGAGGUGUUCCACCUUUUCGAGAAAUACCAUUUUUAGAACCUAGAGAAAUCACACUUCCUGAGGCCAAAGAUAAGUUGAGUCAGCAGAUACUGGAGUUAUUUGAAGCAUGUCAGCAGCAAGUAAGUGAUUUAAAGAAGAAAGAACUCUGUCGAACAGAGCUGCAGAGAGAAAUUCAGCUGAUAUUUCCACAAAGCAGACUUUUUUUAGUUGGGUCCUCUUUAAAUGGAUUUGGUACUCGGAGCAGUGAUGGUGAUUUAUGUCUGGUUGUUAAAGAGGAACCAUGUUUUUUUCAGGUAAAUCAGAAGACUGAAGCAUGGCAUAUCCUCACCUUAGUCCAUAAACACUUCUGUACUAGACUUUCUGGUUACAUUGAGAGACCUCAGCUGAUUCGAGCAAAAGUGCCAAUUGUGAAGUUCAGGGAUAAAGUCAGUUGUGUGGAGUUCGACUUGAAUGUAAACAAUAUUGUUGGAAUAAGAAACACAUUCCUUCUCAGAACGUAUGCAUACCUUGAAAAUCGAGUUCGUCCGUUAGUACUGGUGAUUAAGAAGUGGGCGAGUCACCAUGAGAUAAAUGAUGCCAGUCGUGGUACUUUAAGCAGCUAUAGUCUUGUAUUGAUGGUUUUGCACUAUUUACAAACCCUACCUGAACCCAUCCUUCCAUCCAUCCAAAAAAUUUACCCAGAAUCUUUUAGUCCUGCUAUACAGCUGCACCUUGUACAUCAAGCUCCAUGUAAUGUUCCUCCUUACCUCUCAAAGAAUGAAUCAAAUCUUGGGGACCUCUUGCUGGGCUUUCUUAAAUAUUAUGCUACAGAAUUUGACUGGAACAGUCAGAUGAUUUCAGUUCGUGAAGCCAAAGCCAUUCCCAGGCCUGAUGGUAUUGAGUGGAGAAAUAAAUACAUCUGUGUAGAAGUCAUGGCACAGAUUGAGAAACAAACGAGAUUUGAGCAGUAUACUACCGUUAAGAACUGCUAUCCUGAAAAGAUAACUGGCCUCUAUUUCUUAAUAAAGAACAGUAGUAACAUCGUAAUGCAUUUUGUUUACCUUCAUCUUGGUUUCUUUUUAAUUGUUCUUCUUGUUUUCAUGUUUUAUUCUAAAGAGGACAUACUUAUAUAUGCAUAUUUUAUUAUGACAUUUCCUAAUAAAACCCUUUGAUUUAAAGAUGUAUUUUUGAAAAUGUUUACAUUGUUGAUUAGUAAUAUUAUGGCAUGAAUUUUCAGGAGAUCAAAUAAAAUAUUUUUGGGGGAAUUAUCAAAUAAAAGUUUUUUGCUAUAACUGUAAUUAAUUGUACCACAUGCUAAUACUGAAGAGAUGUGUGAACUGUUUUGGAAAGGGUCUGAUUUAUACAUACUUAAAGUAUCACCUUCAGUAGAUGGUUUGUUGCCUGAGUCUUUUCUAAUGAAGUGAAGAUUCGAGUCAGUUAUUCAGUUACUUGAAGCAAAAUGAAAUCUUUUAUUUCAGUGAAAUCACUGCAGAGGCAUGAAAUACUGGACAAUUGCCUUAAGUCCUCACUUGACUCAUUAGGAUAGACUGAGGCUUUGUGUCGAUAUUAGCAUUUCAUUAGUACCUCACAUGCUUUUGGUGUACUCGCGAUUGCUUUAAACUUUGUGUUGAAACAACUACAUUUUGCACUGUAGUAAUAUGAGCACUAACUCUGUAUUGUACAGCAGUUAGGGAAUUGUUUUGAAGAAUCAGUUCAGUGUAGACAUUUUGAAAAGAUUAAGUCCUCUGUGCUUUAUGAUAGCUUAGUGCAAUUUGCACUUUUGCUUUACUUCCCGUUUUCUGCUUUUAUUUUUCCUGUGACAUGAAGCAACAGAAACUGAAAGAUCAAAGUUGAGAUUAUAUCCUAUUGAUAGUAUCAGAGUUUUUUCUGUGUAUAAUUAUAGGAUUGUAAUCUAAACUGGAAUUUUUAGGCAGUAAGCCACUAUAAAAUUUUCUAGAUAAGACAUAACAUUAUUAUAAAUAAAAGCUUAAUGUUUGUAAAGAUAUCUUUUCCACAAGAAGAAAUAGUGGUGGCUGCUAAAAAAGCUACAGUGUUUAUUAAGGUCGUUUUUGGUGUAUGUAAAUAUUUGUAAAUUGGUCAGUGCCUGUAAAUUUAAAUAUAAAUAAUCUUAAAAACAGUUUUAACUUUUUCAAAAGGACUGUGUACAACUUCUUUUAGACCUGCUGUAGCACAGUUUGUACCUCUAAUGUAUUUGGUUUUUUUGCAGACCAAUUCAAAUGCUAACAGACUUUUGCUUUUUGACUCGUAAAAGGUGCAUAUUUUCAUUUUUUUCUUUA